AUGUCCAACGAUAAGAAGGAGCCAGGCUACGUCCUGGGCACCGAGACUGAUGGAACAGACUCUUUCGAUACCAUCACUGCUCUGGUCGCCGCAGACCAUGAACAUGAUAUCAAGCUUCGAACAAUGUCAUGGCAGAAAACGGCCUGCUUGCUUGCCGGGGAGCAGGUCUGUCUCGCCAUCAUGGCACAGUCCUGGUCUCUUUCCGUCCUCGGAUGGGUUCCGGGAAUCAUCACUAUGGUCCUUUGUGGACUCCUCUUCUGGAUCACGUCUAUCACGAUGCACAAGUAUAUCAUGAAACACCCGCAUAUUAUGGAUAUCUGCGACUUUGGGUACCACGUAUUUGGACAGAGCAAAGUUGCCUAUGUAUUCUCUGCAUUUAUGAUGCUUGCGAAUAAUAUUCUUCUCAUCGGAUUUCAUGUCUUGACUGGCGCCAAGGUCUUGAAUACACUAUCAGAUCACUCAUUGUGCACUGCCGUCUUUUCAAUCAUCACGGCUGUUGUGGGAAUCGUCAUGUCCAUGCCCCGGACGUUGCAACAUAUCAGCUUCAUGUCAAUGUUCUCAUCCGCCUGUAUGGGUAUCGCAAUUCUUCUAUUCCUCGUUUUUGCCGGAAUCGAAGAAGCCCCUCUCUACGGAUACCGGGGCAACUACCCCACAGACGGGCCUGUGAGAACCUAUGCUUUCCCUCUACCAGGCACCACGUGGGUCGCCUGCAUGAACGCUGUGCUGAAUAUCACCUACCUCUGGGUCCCCCAAAUUCUGUUCCCGACUUUUAUCUCGGAGAUGGAACGGCCGCAGGAUUUCCCUAAAGCAUUGGCUGUUCUCGCCGCGAUUUCCGCCAUCCUAUUUAUCGUGCCCUCAGCCAUCGGAUUCCGCUACCUCGGCCAAUAUGCUACCGCCCCAGCCUUUGGUAGUCUCGGGGUGGUCUCGUACAAGAAAGCAUCUUUCGGCUUCGUGAUCGUCCCCACCUUAGUCAUUGGCGUGAUCUACGCCAACGUAACGGGGAAAUUCAUCUACACACGCAUCCUCGGCAAAUCCCGACAUUCGCAUAGCCACACCGUGAUUGGAUGGGGUGUAUGGGGAAUUAUCAUGGUCGGGAUCUGGAUACUCGGGUUUGUUUUCGCAGAGAUCAUUCCCAGCAUGGGUGAUUUCCUUUCUCUGCUCAGCGCAGCCUUUGAUUCAUUUUUCGGCUUUAUUUACUUCGCUGUCGCGUACUGGCAACUCAACCGGGGAUCGCUUUUCAACGGUUUGGGAAAGACUGCUUUGACUCUGCUCAAUGUUUUUAUCAUGAUGGUUGGGCUGUUCGUUCUGGGUCCUGGGCUGUAUGCAGCGGUUGAAGCGAUCAUUGCUGACUACUCCGGAUCUGUGACGCCUGCCUUUACUUGUGCCAAUAUGGCUCUAUAA